AUGUUUUUCUCUAGCAGCAGUCCCGUUUUCAUCCUCAUCCUUACUGGCGCUAUUACUCUGACCUACUUCGUCACUCGUAGGAUGUUUGGCCAUGAUCCUCGCGAGCCGCCAUUGGCCCCGCAGUCAAUUCCCAUUGUUGGCCACAUAGUCGGACUAUCGCAAAGCAAAUUCAAUUACUAUGUUGAACUCAGCAAGCAAACGGGGUUCCCUAUCUUCACUAUGUCCCUCCCAGGACAGAAGAUGUACGUAGUGACAAAGCCAGAUCUUAUCCAGGCGGUACAAAAGCAGCAUAAGAUCCUCGCGUUUCCGCCUAUUGAAGCCAAGUUUGCCUCCACGGUCUGCGGUGCCAGUCCCGAAGCACAGGCUAUUCUUAAUAAAAACGUUAAUGGCGAUGAAGGCAAUUUUGGUCUUUCAAUGGAGUCUUAUGACGCGAUGCGGGCCGGCCUCAAGCCCAGCUCAGAGCUUGACGACAUGAACCGCGCGAUGAUCCAGGAAAUUGCAAAGUCCCUCGAUACGUUGCAACCGGCAAAGGGAAAGUCCCGGAAAGUCGGCAUGUAUAACUGGCUGAGAGAUGCCAUUACGACAGCUACUACUAGGUCUGUGUACGGUCCAAUGAACCCGUUUGAUGAUAAGGCCAUUGCCGACGCUUUCUGGGAGUUUGAAAGUGGGCUUAUGUCAAUCUUGGUCGGCUUUCUUCCAUCUAUCAUGGCUCGGAAACCGAUUGCAGCUCGGACCAAGGUCGCUAAAGCCUUUGAAGCAUACUACAAAGCUGGAGGGCUGGAAAAAGCUUCAGCUCUUGCUCGAUAUCGAUAUCAAGCAGAGAUAAACCACAAUGUCCCGCUCGAAGACAUUGCCCGCUACGAAGUUGGGGGUUCGAUUGCGAUCUUAGUGAAUACGGCGCCCGCCGCUUUUUGGUCUCUUCUUCUGUUCCACUCUCACCCUGGUCUACUCGACGAUAUCCGGAAAGAAAUUGAUGCCUGUACCGAAACAAGUAUCGAGAAUGGGCUUACCGUCAAAACAUUGGAUAUCACCACCCUCAAGGAGAAUUGCCCUUUGUUACUAUCUUCUUACCAGGAAGUCCUUCGCUAUUGUUCCAUGGGAACCUCUGUACGUGAAGUCAUGGAAGAUACAUACCUCGACAGCUGGCUGCUAAAGAAAGGUGCUAUGUUACAAAUGCCUAGUCGUAUUAUCCAUCAGGACGCCACGCUCUGGGGGCCUAAUGUCGAUGAAUUUAAUCCCCGUAGGUUCCUUCCCGAGGAGAAGCAGAAUCGCCCACGCGACGUCUGCUUUCGUGCGUUCGGUGGCGGCAAGACUCUUUGUCCCGGCCGGCACUUUGCGACUAACGAAAUCCUCGCCGUUAUUGCGGUCUUUAUCGCAAGACUAGACAUGAAACCUAUAGGAGGCCACUGGAAAUUACCGACUACAGCGAAUACCAAUGUUGCUGCAGUCGUUAUGGAACCGGAUACUGAUAUUGACGUUGAGAUUACGGCGCGACAGGGCUUCGAGGACGUCAAAUGGGCCAUUAACCUCAACAGAUCUGACAAGAUUUUUGCUAUGGUGACGGAAGAUAGCCCCGAGAUAAUAUCCUGA